CUGAUUCAGGGGUCCAUCAUCACUCGCAGCCUCAAUGGCACCGAUUUACUCACUGAACUCGAUCCUGACAACAAGAAGACCGGUUGGUAUCUACUAGAAACCAACUACGAUCAAGACCUGCCGCCUCUAUACCUUGAUGAUCGUCGGACACCCGGAAACAACUGUAUGCAAAAGCUUGGACAGAAAAAUGUCAACUUCCAGGGUAUUUUCAACGUUCUAUCGUCGCGUACUAAUCUCAACAAAUUGACCACCUAUACCGUGCUAAUGGAAGUGGAAAAUGGUCGUUUUGAAACGAUCAUGCAGUCCUGUCCCGGCUAUUGUUGGCCAUUCUGA